AUGAAAGGUGCUACAAAAAGAACCCUACCAGAAGCUGUUAGGAAAGCAGUUCUUGGAGAGCCCUUUGACCCUAGCGAUGGUGGUAUAGUCCAAGAUCAAGUGUUUGCAGAACCUAUUACCAUUCCACAGGAAAGGAUUAACAAGAGGAUAAUUUUUUCAGAGUUGGUACCAGAGGAAGGUUUUACGUGGAUCCUAAAAGAAACGGGCGUUUUAGUAAAAUUUUUUCCUAAAGCGGUACCAGAUCCAAGACUGGUCACUUGUUCGUUGUGGAAGCCUGGGAUUGUUUCUCCUCUUCUUGAAAACAAUGAAUCGUUAGUGAGCAAUGUAAUAGAACUCGACUGUGAUGAUCCACAUGAUGUAGUGUUCAGUUCCAUUGAAGUAGCCUUAAGCCAUAGUUCAAUUUGUUUGAGAGGUUACGAGCUUGUUUUGAAGGAAAUGGCCGAUUCCAAAGGACUGCACUGGAAGGAUCUACGCACCUCAGAGGUGCAACCAUCAGAUCUACAAGGAGAAUGUUCAGACUGGAAAACUAAAUUGCCCUUUGUUAAGGCUAAAAUAACCAGUUUUUCCCGGUAUGCCAUUGUUUGUCGUCUGAAGAACUACAAACUUCGAAAAGAGGAUUCAGGGGAACGUCCAGAAGUAACAAUCAGUAUCCAAGAUUUCCCGGGUUUUUGUUUGUCAAGUCCUAGGACCUCGUUUCCUGCAAGUAUGGACCUCAUCAUUAAGGUGCAAGAGCUUUCAAGUGAUGGUUUCGAAGGAAAGAGGGUUAUUGUUGGUCCUGUCGUUCACAUUACUUUCACACCAAAAGAUGAGUUAGGGGAUCCUUUGCAAGUUAGUUUGACCUGUCCCCUCUUAAUAAGUGUACCCAUUGACUCGCAAGAACACCAGAUUAAGUUUUCGGGAAUAUCAUCAAGGCACGUAAGAGUGUUUUUCCGUGGUGGUAAAGACAAGUCACGGAAAUGGGUCGAUUGGACAAAGAGGUUGAAAACGCCACCAAAACUGGAAGAAGGGACUGUGACAUUUGAGGUCGAUGGGGCUGAUACAUUUCAAAUCAAUCGCUUCUUGGAAUGCGGUGUGAUGCUUAAUUCCUCUACGAAACAUCUGAAAGCUGAAGAGCUUUUUAUCGUGGAUUCUUCCUGUCCGCAACAUGUAGGAUUUCUCGCUUUCUGGUGUCCUGAGAAUGAAAAGGAACCAAGACAAGAUCCAAAGCGAGGAUUACUGACUCUUCACUGUUUUCCAUUCCACAUGAAAACCGAGUUGACAAAAGAGAUAUCUUCAGAGCAUGGCGUUAUCCUCUAUGGCGAAGCCGAGUCAGAAAGACAACUCGCCAAAGGGGACCAGGCACUCUUUUCUCUGUCAAAUGGACUCACUCCAGUUGAUGAAGGAAUUGAUAUAAAUAACACCCCCGUUGUGUUUACAGGAGACUUCGAUUUUAAAUUUUGUUUUUCGGUUCGUUUCGAUGCACCGACUAUAGAAUUAUUCAAAAACAAAAAAGACAAGGAAGGACGAGAGAGACUUUGCUCUCUGCAGCUUCAUCCAGUGGAGCCGUUUAAGGUAUGA